AAUAGGUUGCAGCAAGAAUCUGGACGGACCUGGCUGAUGACUGAACAGAAUGGUUUAAUUAAUAGUGAACCGCCUUGGCCUCGGGGUUAAGCGCACACGCGCACACGCACACGCACACGCACACGCAUUCGUCAACGAUUGAUGUUCAGUUCUCCUCAAUUCCUAAUCCGAAUCUAUGGCUUCUUCUUCUUCGCCUCAGCUUGGUUGCUCAUGUAAGUCACAUAUAGGAGCAAUAUGGAAUUGAGGUUAUUGAGAAUUAUGAGACGACAUGCUGGGGUUGUGGAUUGCGUGUUAUGCUUCCAACAUGUGCAUCUGUUUUCAAAUGUGGCUGGUGUGGGGCCAUUACAGAUCAAAACAAACAGAAACGUGACCAGAAGUGUUUCAGAUGGAGAACACUGCGUGAUCGAUGCUUUCUUUCUGUCGUCACCAUAUUUAUGUUUUUUGUAAUAUUUGGUGGGGUGUGGGCAGUCUAUCCUGUAGUCUUUUCUGUCAGUCUUCUUUGUGGAAUUUUACACUCAAUCUUGACAGUAUUAUUGUCCAUAGCUACCAUUUCCUCAUUCAGCCUUGCAGCACUAACGUGUCCUGGCACACCACCAACUAUAUUAUGGGGAAGCUACCCCACUGUAGGGAAAGGUGACCUUGAAAAUUAUACUUAUUGUCACUAUUGCUCAAAGCCGAAGGCUCCUAGAGCUCACCAUUGUCGCUCUUGUAGAAAGUGUAUAUUGGACAUGGAUCAUCAUUGCCCAUUUAUUGGGAACUGUGUUGGUGCAGGUAAUCACCGCAGCUUCAUUGCCUUCCUCAUUUCAGCAGUGUUGAGCACAAUCUAUGUCUCCGUCAUGGCUGCAUAUUCAAGCAUGCACAUUUGGCCGCCACUAAACUACUCCGUUGGACACAUAAAUGGGGCCAGUAGUGCAGAUCGAGCAUGGAGAUUCAUGAGUGAAAUAAUUGCUGCAUUCUUGAGAUCAGCAUUGUUUCUAUCGUCUAGAGGACUUGUUCUUGCAUAUCUCUUGAUUGCAAGUGUUUCAUUACAGAUAGGAUUGAGCAUUCUUUUAUGGCAGCAGCUCUCAUACAUUUACCAAGGAAAAACUUACUUGAGUCAUUUAAGUUCACCAGGAGAUAAUGAUGAAGAAAAGAAAGAUUGUCAAAACCUUGUUAGAUUUUUUGGUUUUCAAUACCCUGUAACAAGAUUUUUGCCCAACUUCCGUGCGACUCCGAAGAGGCACGUAAAGUGAAACUCUCAUGUUCUGUAGUCAAUGAUUUCUUUGAUUCUCUGAUAAUUUGUAUCAAAGUAAUUUUAUCUUAUACAAAAUCAGUUUCAGUAAA